UUUUCCUUUUUUUUUUUGGUUUAGUUUUUUUUUGACGAAACUUGAAUUAUUUUUCUUGAUUCAUUGAUACAUUCAUUAUCGACAAACGAAUUGAGUUUCCAGAGAAAAAAAAAUGACGAACGAUAAAACAGAUGCGGUCCAUGUAAAUGGAACCACCGCUCACUAUACAACGAAUGGGCAGCUUGAUCCAACGACAAUGACAACACCAUCAUCUUCAUCAUCAUCAUCAUCAGCGUCAGCAUCAGCAUCAGCAUCAGCAUCGACAAUUACAUCACCAAUGACGAAUACAACAACAACAAUGACAACAGAUUCACAAUCAAAAACAUUAAUAAUACAGAAUGGAAAAUCAAAUUCAAUUCCAUCAUCAUCAUCAUCAUCGAAAAUUGAAUCGUCAUUACCAGAAAAUUAUCGUCCACGUGAACAAUGGGCAAAUAAAUUGGAAUUUGUAUUCGCUUGUAUGGCUUAUGCAAUCGGUCUAGGAAAUGUAUGGCGUUUUCCAUAUCUAUGCUAUAAAAAUGGGGGUGGUGCAUUUUUCAUUCCAUAUUUCAUUUUUCUUGUAUUUGGCGCUGCACCGAUUCUUUUUCUUGAAGUAGCCAUUGGUCAAUAUUUUCGUCAAGGUGGUAUUACUGUAUGGCGUGAAAUUUGUCCAUUGUUUCGUGGCAUUGGUUUCGGCACUAUUACCAUAUCGUUUAUAUUGAAUUGUUAUUAUGUUGUCGUUAUUGCAUGGGCAUUACUUUAUCUUUAUUAUUCAUUACGUGGUGAUCUAUUAUGGGCUAGCUGUAAUAAUGAAUGGAAUACUGAUCGAUGUUGGACACAAUCAAUGAAUACUACGGCACGAAAUGAUUCCGUCAAUUCUGUGAUUGAAUUUUGGGAACAUAAAAUAUUACAAAUAAGUCCCGGUAUUGAUCAACCAAAUGGUUUUCAAUGGGAAUUAGUAUUGACACUGGCAAUUGCUUGGAUUUUAUGUUUCUUUUCCAUAUGGAAAGGUGUUAAAUCCACUGGCAAAGCUGUUUAUGUGACUGCUGUAUUUCCAUAUGUGGUCAUUACGGCAUUAUUUAUACGUGGCAUUACAUUACCAGGCGCUAUUGAAGGAAUCAAAUUUUAUCUGUAUCCAGAUUUUUCACGUCUUAGUGAUUCACAGGUAUGGAUGGAUGCUGGUACACAGAUUUUUUUCUCCUAUGCUAUUGCGCUUGGUUGUAUGGUUGCAUUGGGCAGUUACAAUACUUUUAACAAUAAUUUCUAUCAUCAAUUAUUGUUUUUAACUGGUGCAAAUUCCGGUACAUCUGUCUAUUCUGGUUUUGUCAUAUUCUCCAUUUUGGGUUAUAUGGCACAUGAACAACAAUUGAGUAUUGCCGAUGUUGCUGAAUCUGGACCCGGUUUAGCGUUUAUCGCUUAUCCACGUGCUGUUGCAAUGAUGCCUGGAUCAUCAUUUUGGGCCGUAAUGUUUUUCAUUAUGAUCUUAUUAUUGGGAUUAGGUUCACAAUUUGUUGGUGUUGAAGGUUUCGUAACGGCUAUGGUGGAUUUAUUUCCACAAUAUUUACGUAUUGGUAAACGUCGUGAAUGGUUUAUAUUUGGUGUUUGUAUUGUUAGCUUUUUGAUCGGUUUAUCCAUGGUCACUAGGGGUGGAAUGUAUGUUUUUCAAUUAUUCGAUUAUUAUGGUGCAAGUGGAAUGUGUCUGCUUUGGUAUUGUUUCUUUCAAGCCAUUGUCAUUGGAUGGAUUUACAAAGCCGAAAAUAUGUAUGAUAAUAUUGAAAAAAUGAUUGGUUUUCGUAUACCGAAAUUUUUCCAUUAUUGUUGGAAAUACAUUACACCCACUGUUAUCGGUGGUACGUUUGCAUUCUAUUUGAUUACAUAUAAAUCAAUCAAAUAUAACGGUACAUAUGAAUAUCCAUGGUGGGGUAUUGUAUUCGGUUGGAUGUUGGCAAUGUCAUCCAUUAUGCAAUUGCCGAUUUCAAUGCUGUAUUUUUGGUUCACGGCACCAAAUAUACCAAAAGUGAAAAUGGACAUAUUUGACCACUGGAAACAAGAAUCUUGUUCAUGCAACACCGCAUAAAAAUUUCAACAACAAAAAUGAUAACAACAACAACAACAACGUGAAUGGAAAAAUCAAAGAUAUUGAAAUUG